UGAACUGAACCUGAACCAGAACCCGAACCUGAAGAACUGAACCUGAACUGAACUGAACCUGAACCAGAACCCGAACCCGAACCUGAAGCUGAACCUGAACCUGAACAGAACCAGAACUUGAACUAAAACCUGAACUAGAACCAGCCAUGAACAGAGUCAUCCUCCUGCUGUCAGUCAUGUGUGUGGGCGUGUCCUCUCAGCCAAUCACAGAGAACCAGCGUCUGUUCUCGAUCGCAGUUGGUCGGGUUCAGUAUCUUCACCUGGUUGCUAAGAAACUCUUCAGUGAAUUCGAGAACUCUCAGUUGGAGGAUCAACAUCCACUCAACAAAAUCUUUUUACAAGAUUUUUGUCAUUCUGAUUAUUUCUUGAGUCCGAUCGACAAACACGAGACACAACGCAGCUCAGUUCUGAAGCUGUUAUCGAUCUCUUAUCGAUUGAUUGAGUCCUGGGAGUUUUCGAGUCGCUUCCUGGUCGCAGGUUUCGCUGAGAGGGCCCAGGUUACAUCCAAACUGUCAGAGCUGAAGACGGGACUCAUGAAGCUGAUAGAGGCCAAUCAGGACGGAGCAGGUGGAUUUUCUGAGAGCUCGGUGAUCCAGCUCACGCCGUACGGAAACUACUACCAGAGCGUCGGAGUCGAUGAGUCAUUCAGACGAAACUACGAACUGUUCGCCUGCUUUAAGAAGGAUAUGCACAAGGUGGAGACGUAUCUGACCGUGGCCAAAUGCCGACUCUCUCCAGAAGCUAACUGCACCCUGUAGCCCCGCCUCUCCACCGUGAAGCACCUCCCCGCAGAUGACAUCAUAUGCAUUCUGUAGCCCCACCCCCAUGGUUGCCGAGCUAACUAGCAUAAAUGUUAGCCUCUGUUGGUUCUGCAUUCCAAACUGAUGAUGUCAUUGUGAUAUUGUCAUACUGUCAGCAAAUAAAUGGUUCAUUCAGA